ACAUUAUAUACUAUAUACCUAUCUAUUUAGUACAUAAUAGAUUAUUCCUCUAGGUGAGAAACUUCCUAUGCUGGCAUCGAUCCCAAAGCUAUUACAGAGUGCCAUUCAGUAGUUAAUCGUAACGCAAAGACUUUAUAAGGCUAUUCAAGAUAGACUGGAACUUUUAAUGAACUUGGAAUAAUAAAUACUCCCAGUGCAAAGCAAAUGUACUUCAUGGUAGUUGAGGAAUAAAGCGUCCCUAGGAAUAUAUCCUAACAGCGGAGAAUUUAUAUGAAACCUAAAUUGGCUUAUUCGGAUCAUCACCUUCAUGGUUUUGCUGAGAAAUAAUGGCAGGUGAACUCCAGGUUUUACUUCGUCAAGGCCAAUCAAGGCUGUUGAUGUUACUUUGUUUAUUGAUAAAGAUAGUUGCAGCAGAGACCGAGGGCGACACUGAUGAUGCUGAGAAUUGCGCAAUCUUUCGUGUAGAAACGAGAUAUAUAAAAUACCUUUUAUAUGCUGCCAUAUGUGGAAUAGUUGUGAUGAUUGGAUUUGGAAUAGCAGGGAUUGUAAACCAGAAAUCAAAAGAUUAUGGUCCUGUAGUAGGCAUAGGGGGCGCCAUAUUUGUAGGAAUAGCCAUUUUCUGCAUGUACCGCCUCGGGUACUUUGACAUUUUGAGAAGGAAGAUCACACCUGUUCCCAAAGAGAGCUGAUCUACAUUAUAGUAUUGUGGUCACCAUCUGGAAACUGGUUAUACUCUACAAAGAGGCAUGUUCUAAUAAACAUGGUAAACAACUCUAUAUUCAAUCAAGAGUAUAUCUGGGUAACACAUAGUACAGGAUGUCUCAAUAUAUAGGGACUCAUAAGCUGUAUACAAUUUAGUGCACAUUGCUUUGGAGGAAAUACAACUAUGGAUAAAACAUCCAAUUAUAUACCUACAAAGUAGUAAAUAUACGCCUUUAGGAAUCGCAAACUUGGCACAUUAAAUUUUGUGCCGCCACAUGAUUGCAUCAUGCUAGAUGAAC